AUGACCAUCUGCACAUUAAAUAUAACUGAUACAACUAUAUCAGGAAUUUUUGAGAAUAAAAUAUGUUCUAUUCAAAAUGAGGGAAAAAAUGAAAUCAUUACAGAGGUAUCCUUUUUACCAGAUCUAAUUGAUAUUGCAAAUCUCUCAAAUUUCAUUAAUAUUAAAGUAAUUCCUACUGGUUUAUUUGCUGGUCAUAAAAACCUUACCCAAGUUGUUUUUCCACCUAAUAUAAUAGAAAUUGGCGAAAAGGCAUUUUAUGAGUGCAUAAAUCUGUCUGGAACUUUAAAUCUUCCCAAUGAAAAAAAAGUCUGUAAUAAAGCAUUUUAUCAUUGUAAAAAUUUGAUAGGCUCGAUUAAUUUUCUUAAGUUAGAGUCGAUUUGUGAUAACGCAUUUAGUCUUUGUUCUAAUUUAAAUGGAACCUUAAAUUUUCCAAUUGUGAAAACUAUUGGUAUUGGUGUAUUUGGUGACUGUGUUAAUUUGACAGGAUCAAUUGAUUUUCCUUUUUUAGAAUCAAUCGGCGGCGCUGCAUUUCUUCGCUGUUAUAAAUUAAAUGGAAAAAUAAAUCUUCCGAUGAUAAAAAAAAUUGGUACUUCUACAUUUAGUAGCUGUCGUAAUUUGAUAGGAUCUAUUGAUUUUCCUUACAUAGAGUCAAUAGGUAAUGGUGUGUUCACGUUCUGUUGUAAUUUAAAUGGAACAAUAAAUCUUCCAAAUGUGAAAAUAAUUGGUAAUGAGUCAUUUAAUUGUUGUUAUAAUUUGACAGGAUCAAUUCACUUUCCUUAUUUAGAGUCAAUUGGAGAAUAUGCUUUUGGUUUCUGUUAUAAACUAAAUGGAAGUGUAUAUCUUCCUAAUAUUAAAUCAAUUAAUCAUUCUGCUUUUGUCAAUUGUAUAAAUAUCAUCGGAAAUCUUAAUUUUCCAAAAAUAUAA